GUUUUCUGUCUCUCCACUCCCUGCUAUUUCCUCCUCUCUUGCUCCUAGUUUACCUUCACUUCUCCAGCCUUCACUCAGAGGAGGAGGAGGACGGAGGUGAUGGUGGUGUGUGAUUGGCCAGGCGGGGUCUGGUAGUCCGGAGGCUGGCUUUGCGCUGCGCGUUGGCUCUUGUUUACACCUUGCAGAGAGAGCGACCAGGACGAAACUGGUCACACAGUGGCCCAGUACGGACCACGGAGCUCAGUCUGCAGCGGAGCCGCCUGUUCACGCUGUCUUCUUUGUGGUACUCCUGCUGGGAAACUGACUCCCUCUCUCUCCCUCUCUCCCUCUAUCUCUAUCUCUCCUUAUUUUUAUUCAUUCUAUCGCAGUAGCGACGCGUCAAACUUUUUGGGUGAGUUUCGGCAAGUUAUCGCUCCCGGUUGUCACUGAUGCUGGUCACUGACAACACUGGAAGAUGAUAUAUUUUCCAUUUCCAUUUCUUAUCACACUGUGUGACACGGACAUCUUCAAACUUUGACUAAAGGCGGAAAUUACAACCUGAUUCUGCUUCUCUGACAAUUUACCCGGCGAUGGAUGCGCUUUAAAUAUUGCAGUGAUAAUAACUCCCCAAAAACACAUCAGCAUCAGCAUUCCAAGGACUUUUUACCACAAGGUCUGGGCUGAGAAAAGAUUGUGGGGAUAAAGACUUUUUGGACCACGCGCAAGCGCCAGGGGACGUUUCGCGACUGCAUAGCCGGAGAAGAUGCUCUCUCCUCGGAUGCCGCGCGGCCAAGCUCUCGGUCCUCUGGUUCUCCUCCUCCUGGUGGGCGGAUGUGUCGCUUCUGACACAGAGAGCACUGACUACAGCGAUGCCGAGGUUCUACCUGACUCCCUCCCGUCGGCACCAGCAGAACCUCUCCCAGAGUUCCUGCUAGAACCAGAGGACGCUUUCAUUGUGAAGAACAGGCCGGUGCAGCUACGGUGCCGAGCAUCGCCGGCCACGCAGAUCUACUUCAAAUGCAACGGAGAGUGGGUGAAUCAGAACGAUCACGUCACCAGAGAAAGUCUGGACCAGGGCACAGGUCUGGUUGUGAGGGAAGUGGACAUCUCAGUGUCGAGGACACAGGUGGAGGAGCUGUUUGGGUUGGAGGACUACUGGUGCCAGUGUGUCGCCUGGAGCUCUGCUGGCACCACGAAGAGCAACCGCGCCUAUGUUCGCAUCGCCUACCUGAGGAAAAACUUUGAGCAGGAGCCACUGGGGAGGGAGGUGCAGCUGGAACAGGAGGUGCUACUGCAGUGUCGCCCCCCAGAGGGCAUGCCUGCUGCUGAGGUGGACUGGCUAAAAAAUGAGGACGUCAUCGACCCCUCGCAGGACCCCAACUUCCUCAUCACCAUCGAUAAUGACCUGAUCAUAAAGCAGGCCAGGCUCUCGGACACGGCCAACUACACCUGUGUGGCUCGUAACGUGGUGGCUAAGAGACGUAGCAGCACGGCUACGCUCAUUGUUUAUGUGAGUGGAGGCUGGUCUUCGUGGACAGAAUGGUCAGAGUGUAACGCUCAGUGUGGGCGUGGCUGGCAGAGGCGAACGCGCAGCUGUACCAAUCCCACUCCUCUGAAUGGAGGUGCCUUUUGUGAGGGUCCACCCUUUCAGAGAGUGACCUGCACCACACUCUGUCCAGUAGAUGGAGGCUGGACAGAGUGGGCAAAGUGGUCGGCCUGUGGGACGGAAUGCACCCACUGGCGCAGUCGUGAGUGCCAAGCUCCCCCUCCCAGGAAUGGAGGAAAGCAUUGCAGUGGCAACAUGAUGGAGAGCAAAAACUGCACCGAGGGGCUGUGCACUCGCUAUAAAAAGGUUUCUAUUGAACAUGCAAGCCAUCCAGCUCUAGCUCCAGGUACGAGUGUAGCAGUCUAUGCCGGUCUGGUGGUGGCACUGCUGCUCUGUGUGAUCCUGGCAAUUUGCGUAGGGGCCCUGGCAUAUCGCCGCAGACGACGACACCUCCACGGUGACAUCACAGAUUCUUCUUCUGCUCUGACAACAGGGUUUCACCCCGGCAACUACAAGCCUCCCAGACAAGAUAACCCUCACCCCCUUCAUCCUUCAGCUCCUCCAGAUCUGACAGCCACAGCAGGACAUUUUCGUGGACCACUCUACUCCCUGCAGCAGGCUGUCAACGACAGCCCCCACAAGAUCCCCAUGACCACCUCCCCUCUGCUGGACCCUUUACCCAGCCUCAAAAUCAAGGUGUAUAACUCCUCCACCCUCUCCUCCCUGGAGCUGCCUGUGGACAUCAGCUCAGGAGAUGGAGAGAUCCUCAGUCUCAAAUCAGUAGGAACUGUGGGGAGAGAGCGAGAGUAUCCCAGUCACACCCUGUCCAGAGAGCCGGGCCUGAGCACUAGCGCCACCUUGGGUAACCUGGGAGGACGCCUCACCAUCCCAAACACAGGUGUCAGUCUGCUGGUCCCUCCUGGAACAAUCCCCCAGGGCAAGUUUUAUGAGAUGUAUCUGAUUAUCAACAAGUGGGACAAAACAACUCUGCCCUCUGAAGGCGGGCAGACCGUCCUCAGUCCUGUGGUGAGCUGCGGUCCAUCUGGGAUGCUGCUCAAUCGUCCUGUGGUCCUCACCUUGCCUCACUGUGCCCAGUUAGACACACCCACACCUGACUGGACCCUCACACUAAAGACCCAGACACACCAGGGGGCCUGGGAGGAGGUGCUGACAGUAGGAGAGGAGACUCUGUCCUCACCCUGCUACCUUCAGCUGGAGGAGGAGUGCUGUCACGUUCUGAUGGAGCAGCUGGGAACGUACGGUCUGGUGGGCCAGUCCUGCCCACCGCAGCCGGCCUGCAAACGCCUGCAGUUGGCUCUUUUUGCCCCCCGUGCUCCCUGCCUGUCCCUGGACUACAGCCUGCGGAUCUACUGCAUCCAUGACACUCCACAUGCCUUCAAGGAGGUGCUGGAUCUGGAAAGGAGUCUGGGUGGAGUUCUACUGGAGGAUCCUAAGCCACUGGUCUUCAAAGACAGUUACCACAACCUGCGACUGUCCAUCCACGAUAUUCCUCACACUCACUGGAGAAGCAAACUACUGGCAAAAUACCAGGAGAUCCCAUUCUAUCACAUUUGGAGUGGUUGUCAGAGACCUCUGCACUGCACCUUCAGUCUGGAGAGAGGCAGCCUGGCUGUGUCACAGCUCACCUGUAAGAUCUGUGUGCGACAGGUGGAAGGAGAAGGACAGAUAUUCCAGCUGCACACAGAUAUCCAGGAGACUCUACCGCCCCACUCGCCGCUGCCCUCAGGAGGAAGCUGCCUACCUUCCUCUCACGUGGGACCUUACGCCUUUCGCUUGCCUGACUCCAUCCGCCAGAAGAUCUGUGCCAGUUUGGAUGCACCCAGCGCUCGUGGGUGUGACUGGAGACUACUGGCACAUAGCCUUGGCUUUGACAGGUACUUGAACUACUUUGCAACAAAGCCCAGCCCCACAGGUGUUCUAUUGGACUUAUGGGAAGCCUGUCACCAAGGUGACGCCGAUCUGGUCUCUCUGGCGACUGCUCUGGAAGAGAUGGGCAAAAGUGAAGUGCUAGUUGUCAUGACAACAGAUGGGGAUUGUUGAUUUGUCACAGAGAGCAAAGCAAAGAAAAAACAUUAUUUUUGUACCGCAGUGAAGAAAACAAGAAAUCCAGGCUAAGAAUAUGCACCGCCUGCCCCACAGUGUAAGGUCACAGAGCAGAUUUCAGUUUUUCAUACAUGCUCAAAUACCUCUGCUCCAUCCCACACUCCCUGCCGGGCCCUAAUCAGCCACUGUAGCUGCAUCCGCCACCACCCAUUUCCACGUCAUGAUGCUAACCUGAUUUAGCUUGAAUCUUCAAAGCACUGCUGCAUAUGCAAGACAGCGUAAGGAUGACAAAGAUGAUGAAAAAAAUCAUUUUCUUUUAUAUAAAAAAAUGUAAUAUUUGGAUCACCACCAUUCAUUCAGUAUGCAUGGCCACAAAAUUGCACACAUACUAACUUAUGAUUACCCAGAGUUCAACAACAACAGCAGCAGCAUGAAAGUGCAUGAUUUGACGCCAUCUCACCUGAUGUCAGGGGCCUUUCUUUACUUCUAAUUUGUCAUUGUGCGUGGGUAGAGAAUGACAGGCAGCGCCGACCUGUCCACAACCUCCUCAGGCUACCGACACACUCCAACACACACGUGGACUAACUGGUCAUUAAUCUGUCCAGAGUUCGACAGGCUAGGAUUUUUUUCCUCUAACUGCUACAACUGUCAACACAUCAUAUGCGAAACAAGCCCUCAGAGCCUGUUGCUUUGGCUCGGGAACAAAAGGAAAUUCUAAAGGAGUGGCCUCGCCAGUGUGGCCAGAGAGAGAACUUAAAAGUGUGUUUAAAAAUUGGUGGGUAACGGGAUGGACCGACCCUUAAUAUUGUACAGCACCAACAAAUGCCUCAAAGCCUUGGCACAUCAUUCCAGCCCAGAGGGGUGUUUCUCCUUCUUCUCUAUCGCUCUGCCACACUCCUCCCAUCUGUCGACAAUAAACUACAGGAGAGCUUUCUGGUCAUCUAUUAAAAGUUUCCUCUGGGGAACGCUCUUUAAGUUAUUAUCCUUUGUGGAUUUUUGGCUGGUUUUUCUCUCAUCGUUCUCUCCGUCAUGACAGCACAGAAGCAGUUUUGUCAUUUUAUGCUUGGUGAGAAUCCAGAGCUGCUGGGUUUUGUUUUUUAGCAGGUCCAACCGAAUGACAGACUGACUGUAGUUUCACAGAAGAUGACUCAGUCGUGAAUAGCAGAGCCAAGAUUUUUGUUAAAGGUAGAGUAUGCAGAAAGAAGGUUAUUUUUAAAAAGCUAAUUCCCACAGACAUUUGCAUGGUGGUUUGUCCGUCUGCAGCAGAAUUGCCCUCUGCUUUUGUUUUCUCUCAUUCAUUACGUGGCCAUGAUGUUUCUGUGUGAAAAUGUUAACCACCGGAAGAUAAACCCAGUAGGUGGUAGUAAUGUAAUUAAAUGAUACAGAAUAUAAUAAGCUCACAGGUGGGCUACGUAGCUGACUAUUGUAUGACUAACAAUGAACUCAAAUUUAAAAAGAGUUAUUUCAAGUAUUUUAUGUAUUACAAUAGUGGAGAUUUUGGUAAGUUUUGUAAACCACACCCUGACCUGUCCUGUCAGGAUAGACUGCUAGCUUAAACCCAGCUUCCCUGGAAUAUGCUUGCCUUUAAAGUUGUUUGUAGAUUUGCAAGAUUGAUUUUAUCGGAGACAAUAAUUUUCUCAUUUAAAAAAAAAAUCAUUCACCAAGCUUUUUAAACUACAGGCAGUGGUGGAAACGUAUUGCUUAGUUUACAAACACAUUCUGCAUAUUCUACCUUUUAAAAAAGUCUUUUAAAUGUUGAUUAAAAUAAUCUCAACAAACAAGGUGCUGUUUGGCGCGGAGGUGAUCGUACAGAUUGAAAGCAUCUCUGGUGGAAAUGUAAGGAAGCCUUUGUUGAUGUGGUUGUACCAUCACAAAUUUCUAAACAUGUACCACAGAUGAUUAUCACUGACAAAUCAACUAAUGAAUUAAGAGACAACAACAUUUGCUAAUGAAAAAACAGUGACAUUCUCCAAGAUUUUCUUUUUACAAACAGGAAAUUGCAUCAUCAAAAUAGUUAAUUAACAUAUAUAUCACAGUAAUCAUAUAUUGUAGUACAACAUUUUGAAUCCAAUUAUGUUUUAUUUUUUAUUUUUUCAUAUAUUGGUUUUACUUUGUUAAUUAUUUGAUAAUAAUAACAAUACGUGGUUUCUGUUUUAUACAUUUGUACCGUAAUGUUAUUUGAAACUUGGUUGGGUUUGAUAUUUUUUUAUUAUCAUGUUUCAUGAAGUAGACAGAACAUUGUAACAUGUAAAUUUCAGUGACUUUUUUUUAAUUCCCUCUGAUUUUCUGAAGUGGAAUAUAUAGUACAGAUAAUUUAUCUGGAGCUUUGAGUUUGAUUCUAAACAUCAGGAGCUGGUCUCCUCUGUAGAGGCCGCCAUAUUUAAUUGCCUUGUUUUUACUUGAGCCCACUGUAAACAAAAUAAAUACAGUACAUUUGGGGGGUUUGGACUAUAAAUGAAGGAUGACAUCAGUUCACCUUUAUGCCAGGAUAAGAGUUAUGAGGUGAAUCAAGCUACGUCAUGUAAUUUGUUGCUCUAUUUUACAGACUGUACCUUUAAUGUUUCUAUUACUGAGGGCCUUGUGUUUUCUGUUGUCUGACUUGUUAUUUCACAGUCCUGUUUGGCUGUGAGUGAGGGCGGUUUCCACUGUACACAGAUGAAUCAUGCAGAACAGAUUUGUCUUUUCUUGCAUCAACCAGGCAGCGAGGGACCAUGAAAUUUACCUCAACUACAAAUGCAUUACGUCUCUAUUCUCUGUCCACCGUUUAUCUGUGUUUCCAGCUUUCAGUCCAUCACAAGAACUCAUCAGUUCCCUCUUAUUUUAAUUUGAUAACAUGUUUUUAACCUCUGGACUAAAACUGCCUGCUUUGUGGUCAGGGCUCUCAGACACUGUCUGCAUUAUCAAUGUGUGUGUGUGUGUGUGUGUGUGUGUAUGAAGUGUAUUGUAAGACAGCAAUUUAAAUGCUGUCAUCUUUAACACUUUAUUUAUUUAUUUUUCCCUUAAGAGCAAAAAAAGUGUUAAUGUCGUUGAAUCUACGAAAAACCAAAUCACAGACAGUACUCUCCUCUUCAGCCGUGAGUCAUGGCACUGUUUUGUAUGAAUGAACUGUGUGUGAGUGUGUGCGCAGUUAUGUGCACAUGCUUAAAAUCUGUCUUUUUUUUCUCUUUGUAAGUGCUAUGCAAGUACAAAAGAAAAGUAAAAGCAUUUUGAAUUUCAUUCUUUCCUGCAAGAGUAAUUCUAUUUUUUCAGAACAGGGCAAUGACAGGGUUUUGUUUUUGUAUUCUGGAGUGGUUUAAAAGUGCCGAUGGCGGUCUCACUGAGUGGUAAUUGUCCAUCUGAGUCGCAAGAACUGGAUCAGUGGCAGACGGAGGAAGCUGCAGAUGCACAAGAGGAAAAAAUAAAGCUCAGACGAUGCAGUAGCUUCAACACAGGUCGUGACAAACAGUGAGAACCUUUGACCUGCUGGACGUUUCCCAGUGAGGAAAUACGUGAACACAACCAUUUUGGUUCAAUGGAUCCCUGAACAUUGCAGGACUAUUUUCUCUCCUCAAGUCUCGUUACAGUGACUGGCUAUCCGUAGACUACAGUGUUUAUUUGUCCAGAUUUAAUCAGUAUCUGUCGAAUCUCUGGCCAUAGCUCUGGAUAAUGUGUGCGGACUGGAUUCUACUGGAAAUUUUUUUUUUCUUUAAGAAGUCUGAUGUUUUUACAAAAACUCAAUAUGAAUCCAUCUGUGUAAAGUACCAAUUGUAAAUAAACAUCUAGCCUUCUUACCUGUAACUAAAUAUAAUUUUUAUGCAAUAAAUUAUAUUUCUUAGUUUAACAACAGGGAUGUUGUCCUUUUUUCUUGCUGCUUCUAAUUAAAUGAUCCACAGAAGGAAAAGGCCAUCAUUAAGGUGAAACUGUGUUUUUAUCACUUACACCUCAUUUCACUAAAGAUUCCGCCUUCGCCCCUACUUUCCUCACACCUCAUUGGAAAAUUACUUCUGGAUCCAUUUAGCUGUGAACGAUUUUCACAGGCAAACUGACCGACCUUCAAAUUAACAAAGUUUUAGAGACACUAAUAUUGGCCUUCUAGGGUUGAUCCGGGAACUAACUUAAGUUUUUGCUUUCUUUUUUUUUAAGUGUAGAAUUAAUCAGAUUAGGCCUUUAUAUUGAGAACUAAUGUUAAUGUUCUGUGACUCAUCUGCAGUGAGUGUUUGCUGCACUCUGCUCUUAAUGGCAGAAAACACUUUGCAUUUGUUUCAUUACUUACACUGCUAACUGGUGCAGUUGCGGCACUAUUUCUUAGUUAACUAAGAUGUUAUUUUU